AUGAAGAGCUUGAGCACUGACUCUUCUUCAUUUUCCGGCUACGAACUGGCUGGCCCUAGUGGCACAGGCGGCAGAGCCAAGUCACGGUCUAUUGGGUCUGACAGUUCGACCGGUCAGAGGGAUAUGAUCAGAGUGGUGUUGUUGUUAACAACCGUGGCACUUUCUUGUCUUUUGGUCUAUAAAUCUGUGGACAAGCCUCUCCAAGUGAUGUUGCCUCAAUGGAAAACAAGUUGGUACUCACAAAACCAAACUUCCUUAAAGCCAGUACAACAUAAAGAACCGGUUUCAGAGCUAGAGAGAGUACUGAUGAGCGCUGCUAUGGAGGACAACACGGUUAUCAUAACAGCGUUGAACAACGCGUGGACAGCUCCAAACUCUACGUUUGAUUUGUUUCUAGAGAGUUUUCAGACAGGACUAGGGACAGAGAGGCUAUUAAAACAUGUUAUUGCGGUUUGCCUGGAUAGCAAGGCAUAUGACCGAUGUAUGCAGGUUCAUUCUCAUUGCUACUUGAUCAACGCCACUGAUUCAGACGAGCUCGCGGGGAAAAACCGGUUCAUGUCUCCCGGUUACUUGAAGCUCAUUUGGCGACGAAUGGAUCUCCUAAGAGAAGUUCUCAGUUUAGGCUAUAACUUCCUCUUCACGGAUGCUGACAUCUUAUGGCUACGUGAUCCAUUCCCACGGUUCUUUGCAAACGCCGAUUUCCAAAUAUCAUGUGAUGAUUACAAUGGAAAACCUUCUGACAAAACCAACCACGUAAAUUCAGGAUUCACAUAUGUCAAAGCCAAUAACAAAACCCGAAAUUUCUACAAGUAUUGGUGCGACUCGAGCAAUAGAUUCCCUAAAAGACAUGACCAACAUGUUUUCAAUUCCAUCAAGAACGAACCGAUCGUCGCGGAAAUCGGGAUUACCAUGAGGUUCUUGGACACGGUUUACUUCGGCGGGUUUUGUGAGCCGAGCCGUGACAUCAACGUUGUUAACACUAUGCAUGCAAAUUGUUGUAUUGGUUUGGACAACAAAGUGAAGAAUCUUAAAGCCGCUCUUGAAGAUUGGAAGAAGUAUUUGUUGGCUAAUACAACCGUGACCGAGACUAAAUGGAAUAUUCCACCAAGGUGUGGUUAUUAGAGAGGUUGUGAA